CAAUUUUCAGGUGCCAUCUUUUAAUGAUUUUUCUUUAUCUCUCCAAUGCAAACUGUGUUGUUGUUUUUACUGCUACCGUUAAUGGGUUUGAUUCACUGUACUCCGACAACGAUAUGUCCUGACGUAAGUGCCUCAAAUCGUCCCAACUAUUGCAAGAAAGCGUGUACAAGAGAUGAGCAAUGCAAGAAAAACAACAAAAGAUGCCUUUGUGAUGGUACCUGUGGCUUAUCAUGUGUCAAUCCGUCGACGACCUGUCAUCCAUUAGUCGAUCUACCGAACGGUUUCAUCAGAACACCUGGCGAUUUUCUGUUCGGUUCGAAUGCGGAAUACGGUUGUAAUGAAGGGUAUGUGUUAGUUGGUCCAUCUCAGCGGCGUUGUCAAGCGAACCGAGAAUGGAGUGGUACUAAGCCUGAAUGCAGAUUACUAAAAAAAUGCGGUCCACCACCAGAAAUACCCUAUGCCCAACAUGAUGGCAAUUCGUACAGUGGUCAAUAUGAACUAGAGACCGAAGUGCAUUACAACUGCGUGCCCGGUUAUCAUCGUUAUAACAAUAAAGGAAUAACGAUAGCAAAAUGUUUAUUGAAUCGAGCAAAAGCAGCAAAAUGGUUUGGCCCUGACUUACGAUGUCGAGCUCGUAGCUGUCCCGAUCCGGGAAAUAUCAUGAACGGAAUGCGGAAAGGUGAACUGUACUACUAUCCACACACAGUUGAAAUUGUAUGUCUUCCCGGUUAUCAACUGAUUGGAUCAUCGACGCUUCGUUGCUUGAAUAACGGACAGUGGAGUGCUCAAAUGCCUCACUGCAAACCAACGGAAUGUAAAAGACCAUCGGAUCCACUGCAUGGUAAAGUACUUGGUAGUUCAUUGACUUAUCAAUCUCGUGUUACAUAUUCAUGCAAAACAGGCUACCGACUUGUUGGCCAGGUGCAGAGAAUAUGUCUUGCCGAAGGUGUUUGGGCUGGUAAUGAACCAACAUGUGAAGAAAUUCGUUGCCCACAACUGCCUCAAUUACACAAUGGAUAUAUCGAAGGUGAUGACACCCAUUUCGGUGCAGUUGUUGUGUUUCGUUGCUUAGAAGGAAUGAAUCAUAUUGGUGCACCUUAUGCAAAAUGUGAAGACGAUGCACGGUGGUCACAUCCAAUGCCUGUUUGUUUGAGUGGAUGUCGCAUACCCGAAAUAAGCGAUGGACAUGUUGUUAACCACACUCCUUCACAGCUUGCUUUACACGGAGAGCGACUGAGAGUAGAGUGUGCACCAAAACAUGAAAUAGCUGAUGUAGAAGCAACUAUAAUCUGUCGAAAUGGUACUUGGUCACAUAUGCCAACUUGCAUACCAGUGCGAUGCAAAUCCUGGCCACCAAGAAUGCCAAAUGCAAAAGUUGUAUUCACAAAAUCGUCACACGGAGCAUUUGCGAGAUAUGAGUGCAAUGAGGGAUAUCGGCCAUCUGGAAUACAUAAUAUUGUUAAAUGUUUGUAUGGAAAGUGGUCCAGUGAAGGCGAACCAUUUUCAUGUCAGCCAGUUCUCUGUGAACAUCCGCUUAAAACGUUUGGGGUCUUAGAAGGCGGGCAAAUAAUGUUGGAAGGACAGAUGGGGGCUUAUGACUACGCCCAAUAUAUAUCGGAAGUGGAAGAGGGUCGUUCGAUUUCAUUUCAGUGUAAAAAAGGAUUUGUGUUGCUCGGAUCACCAAAAGCAACAUGUGUCAAUGGGAAUUGGAUGCCACGGAAGAGGCCAAAAUGUGUACCACAAACUCAUCCGAUGGUGGAAGGACAAAUUGCUUGGAUGCGACGUCGCCGUUCUGUUGAGUGUGAACCGAUUUUAGUUGAUUACAGACGGAAAAUUGUUGUCACGAAAGGUAAUGACAAUCCAACUGAAAUUAUGGUAAUAUGUUCUGAAGGUUUUCACUUCGAAAACGCGCGAGCAGAUGGAAUUGCGUUUUGUAAAAAUGGACAAUGGAGGCCAAAAGUUCCUAACUGCAUUCCUGAUGAUUGUCGGAUACCGAUACGCAAUCAUGCCUUCUUCCUUGACAUACGGUCAGAGCAAAUCUUGCAGUCAGAUGAUAUUAUGCAGCACGGCGGUGGGGCAAGAAUGGUUUGUUUACGUGGGUAUGAACUGCAUGGAAAUGAUAAAUUUGAGUGCAAUCAAGGAGUGUUUAUUCAGCAAAUCGGGCAUUGUAGGCCAAAACGCUGCAAACUAGAAGCAGGUGAGGGCUACAGAUACAACUCUAAUAAGACAGAAUUACAUCACAAUGAAGAAAUUGAUAUGAUAUGUGAAACGAACAUUAUUCGGUUAAAAUGUCGCUUUGGUGAAAUACUCCCAUAUUUUGGGUGCACUGAUGAUGAAUCACCAUCAGCAUCAUGUCGUCGUCCAAAUAAUGACCAACCAUUUGUUGCAUACCGCACAACAAAUAUCAGUGGCCAUCCGGUUCGCUUAGAUAUGAGCGUACAACAGGCCACUUUCCCGAAAAAUACAAUAAUUCAGUACAUCUGUGUAAAUAAUGAAUACAAAAAUAAAGCGAAUGCCAUCGAAUGUCGGAAUGGUGAAUGGUUCACGCGUCUUUUACCCUGUGUCAAAGCGUCUGCAACUACAUUUGUUACUCAAUCCGAUGGAAUGUGCAACAUACCCAAUCUUGCUUCCUCCUACAAAAUUCUUAAUAUCAAAAAUGCUCACAUUUCAACAAAAUCACGUUUUGCUCGUGGAACUACUUUGAAGAUAGGCUGUGCUGUGGGGUUUUUGAUAGAAGAAGCUAGAACAAUGGAAAUGCGCUGUCGUAGAGGCAAAUGGGUCACCGCUGGCAUGCUGCAUUGUUAUUCAGACGUACAUUCAUGUGAAUAUCGAAUGAAUGAGAGAUCACAUUUAAUUGCUUUUUCUGCCAAACAUAAGCAACAGAUUACUUUUAAUCAGCGAUUUGCUGAUGGCACUGAGUUAAUUUUCUCAUGUCAAGAGUAUGGCAUGCAGCAGUUUAUGGGAAACGCUGUUAUCACAUGCAGAGAAGGUACAUGGGUGCCAAAAAUACCCAAAUGCAUCACGCUGGAUCCAUACAACAAAAAUGAUGGUGCGCCACCAAUAAAUGUGGAAUUAGGACGCGGCUUGCAUACAGUAACACCGCGAGGACACGUUGUGACGAACAUAUCAACAACGCUUCGACUUCAAUGUUUAUUUCCUCGAAAAAAAGGUCAGCCGAGAUGGGAAGUUUCAACAACGUACCGUAAAUAUCCACAAUCUUGGAUAGAAAUCGAUUUGCCUGGAAAAUCCGGCAUGGAUGCUUACGAAUUGACUGUAACAGCAGCACGUCCUGAAGAUGGAGGAUUUUUCCACUGCGUUCUUCCAAGUGGAUACCGAAACACUGUCAGAAUCAUUGUGAAGGAUCAGAAAUGCAUACCAUUUGCAAAUUCGACAAAGUUACAAAUCUUUUACACAAGUCCUCAUUUAUUUAUUGGGACAGUCGCACAGUUUUCAUGUGGAAAAGGUUCAUAUGUUGAUGGGCCACGUUCAUCGAUAUGUCUAAGUUCCGGGAAGUGGUCUCAUACCUUACCAAAAUGUCGAGUGUCCACCAAUAGUGAUCAUGGAUUUCGAAAUGAAAGUAGUGGUCACAACGUUCAAAGUUGGAGGUAUAGCACGGUUCUCUUGUUCAUUAACACAUUUUCUAGAUGGGAAUCGGACAUUACAAUGUCUUCCACACGGGGAAUGGUCCGGUAUUGUACCGCAAUGUAAAAGUGUGAAAUGUCGAGUACCGAAAAUACCAAGGAAUGCUGCAAUUGUUGGGGACGUGAAAGAAGAAUACAAUGUACGGGAAGUGGUUGUAUUUGAAUGUAGACGUGGUUACAUGUUAACUGGUAUCGAUUAUAGCGUUUGUCAUGCAAAUGGUAACUGGACUUCUAUCGACGUAAAGUGUAUACCAAUCUGCCGUUUUCCUGGUAAACCAGAACAUGGGGACAGCACCUCACCAGCUAAGCCAUAUUAUCUCGUUGGAGAGAAAGUGGUGUUCUACUGCACUUCUACAGAAUACCGCCUAGAUUCAGAAAAUGUACUCGAAUGCAUAUCUUCUGGAAAGUGGAAUCGAAAAAUUCCGAGAUGUGUAUCUUUCGAAAAAGAAAAACAUAAGCAAAAAAUAUAAAAAUCAAAAAAGUGGGAAGCAACGAUAG